CAGUUAUUUCUUAUCUGAAUACAAUACAAUAAUUGAGAAAGAGCUCUCUGAAUUGCACCUGUCCAGUAAAGGGGAAAGAUACUUACCUAUAGGUACCUAUGUAAGUCCUAGACAAUAAAAGGUAAGAUCGGCAGCCACACUAAGAUAGCUGACCCUUAUCAAUUCAAUAAUUCUGCACUGACGUCGAUGUUUCCGGGGUUUGGCUCGUGACUCCGACACAUCAAAAUUCAUCCAUAUUUUCUCUUUCUUAUUUCUACCCUCGCCUAUGACUCCAACUGCUCCAACGUCUCCAACAUACGACCAUCCCCUUUGACCAUUCUCAUAUUUACACCACACAAUGCCGCCAUGAGGAAUAUACUCAGGCGGCUACGGUGUUUUGACACACCCAACGCCUCGAUUAUAAGACGCAAUCUUCUGAGACCGUGUUACUACUCGUCACACGCUACAACCAAACCCUCGUCCUCAUCGUCCCAUCAGAAAUGGUCCCACCCACCGAGCACCGCAACGGUGACCGACGACGAGAUAGCCGACCUCACCAACAAGCAUCAGCACCCUCUGAGCCUCGCUGAUCUGGUUAAGCACGGCCGUCCCCCAAUCUCGGAAGACGCCCUCUUCUCCUCGGCCAACUUCACCCUUUCCCUCCUCCCCAUUCGACUCGCCCACCGCAUCCAAGCACUACGCAAUCUUCCCUUUAUCGUAGUGUCAAACCCGAACAUCAGCAAAAUCUACCACAACUACCUGCACUCCCUCUCCACUCUUCUCCCCUGGAAGCACCGCCACAUCGCCAACCUCGACGCCGAGAUCCGCUUCACCCAGAUCCUCGCCGACCUCGUGCACACGCACCAGGACACCAUUCCCAUCCUCGCUAAGGGUUUCCUCGAGUGCCGCCGCUACAUCUCCCCCGCCGAGGUCACCCACUUCCUCGAUACCCACCUACGCACCCGCAUCGGCACGCGCCUCAUCGCCGAGCAGCACAUCGCCCUACACUACAGCUCCUUACCACACUUCGACCCCGGCGCCUCCCCAACCCCCUGCCCCGAACACCCAUCUUACAUCGGAGUAAUCGACACCGCGCUCUCCCCCUCUGAAGUAGUCGACUCGUGCGCCGGUUUCGUAGCCGACAUCUGCGAGCUGAAGUACGGCGUGCGUCCGCACUGGGUAAUAGACGGGGAGCCCGAAACGACGUUCGCCUUCGUGCCGAUGCACUUGGAGUACAUCGUAACAGAGCUCCUCAAGAACGCCUUCCGCGCUACCGUCGAAAGCGGACGUAACCGGGACCCCGUCGUAAUAACCAUCGCCCCCGAACCCCCCGACGCCGGCCCCCCGCGCGUGACCCUCGACCCCCCCGCCGGCGACAAAGGCGCCUUUAGAGGCGACGCCAUCAAGCCACUCGACGACAACGCCCCCGGCGUCACGAUCCGCAUCCGCGACCGUGGCGGCGGGAUCGCUCCCGAAGUGCUGCCCAACAUCUGGAGCUACAGCUUCACGACGUUCAGCGAGGAGGACGAGGUCCCCGUCGGUGGUGGCGGCGGUAAGGACGCGCUAGGCGUGAUAUCGGCAGCUGGAAGCGGUGGAAGCUCCAUUGCCGGCUUGGGGUACGGAUUACCCCUUAGCCGCGCCUACGCGGAGUACUUCGGCGGCGGCAUUGCCGUGCAGAGUCUUUACGGCUGGGGCACGGAUGUUUAUCUCCGUCUUAAGGGCGUUGGGAAGAUCGAUGAUACGAUUAGUGUUUAGGUGGAGACUCCUGGACUGUGCUCGUGCUGUUACCUAGGACCUGGAACCUGGGUAGGUUCAGUUAGGUUACGGUGGAAUAUGGAAUAUGGAUACGCUUGCCUACAUAUGAGGUACUUCAGGGUCAAGAAGAAAAAGACUUGGUCAUUAUGAUUUGUUCCUUGAGGGAUAGCGCU